CACUUUGAUUUAAAGACCAACACAUACCCACUCAUCUUCACGACACUGGGUGGACGUUUUACCGCUCGUAGUGAUCAGAUCCACGGGAUUCGGAGCGAUGGAUGGAGAAGGUGGAUACUUGAUUGCUAAUUGAUUGAUUGACCAACCACUGACCCCUCCAUCAAAAGAGGAUGGUGUGUCCAUACAGUCAUGGAGAAACAUAACACGGACUCUGCCUCCUGCUCAUCUUCUUAAAGGACAGAUAUUGCUGUACGCUAAGCAUAUGAGGGCUCUUACCGUUUGCCUCAGCUGUGUGCUGACCUAGUCAAGCAGGGACGUAAAGGUGCCCCUGCAGAGGUGGAGCUAUGGGCUGCGGGGGGAGCAGGACCGACGCUCUGGAGCCUCGCUACCUGGAGAGCUGGACCAAAGAGACGGAGUCCACAUGGUUGACGAGCACGGACACCGAUAUCCCCCUGUCAUCCAUCCAGAGCAUCCCCUCUGAGAACUCUGAGGCUGGCUUUACAUCUGAGAAAACAAUCAGUCCAGUUCCAGAUUUCUUUGAAGACGGCCUCCCUCCUCCCGCCCAGGCCUACCUGAAGGUCUGUUCAGCCGUGUCGGAGGCCAGUCUGAAUGAUGUGAACCCCAGCAGCCCGCCCUCUGUGCCGGCGUCUCCGCAGCAGGACAAAGUGCCGCCGUCGUCGGGCACCACAGUGCAGCGCCGGAGUGUUCUACACACCGAAGAAAUUACAAAAUGGCAGGACAACAGAAUGUCGACCAAGCAGGUGACCAUCACCGUGACGCAGAGCAUCCACCAGGUGGACAAGAACGGGAAGGUCAAGAAAUCCCUUACAACUUAUGAGGUCAUGAAGCCCGUGGAGGCUUUAAAACAGGUGGCCGCAGAAAACACCUGAGUGGACGAAGUCCUGCGAAAAGGCCCGAUGGUGAACUAAAUCAUCUGAAUCCGCUAAACACACCUUGUUGGAGACAUUUUGAUAUUCCGAUGGAUGCACAGGACUGGAGUACGACUUUGAUGAUAAUCAUGUUUACAGUUUUAUGUGUUCACUGUAAUUUGACAUCUUAGGAAAGUGUGUAUGUAAAAUACUCAUUUGGUCGACGGAAACGCGUGAGAUGAGCUCCACUGACUUGCAGAAGAGAAAGUGAAGAAAAUCACUUCAAAAUGAGUUUGACAGGAGAAAAAAAAAAGUGUAAAACUUCUGUUUUAUUUCAUGUUGCUGAAUAUUUAACAAGCGUAAACAUUUCAUAGUCCUACAAAGGGUGCAGUGACGGACCUGGCUUGCUGCAUUGUGUUGCUUUGCACAGUAUGGUGUUAACUUUCUAUCUGAUGACUUCUACUUUUUAAUAAAGUAAAACAAAUAUGGUUCCCUUGAA